CUUAAAGAGAAGAUUUGGGCGAUUAAGACUAUUCCUAAGAUCAAAAUGUUUUUAUGGAGAGCUUUAUCUGGUGCUUUAGCAGUCUCGGUUUGUCUUCAGGCUCAUGGUAUGAAUUCUGCUCUUCAAUGUUCUCUUUGUCAAAAUGAUUUGGAAUCCAUCAGCCAUGUUCUUUUUAAUUGUUGGCCGGCGCGAGAAGUUUGGGAGAUUGCCAACAUUCCCUUACCUUCUCACGGGUUUACAGAUUCAACUAAUGACAAUCUAGCAUUUUUGUUGAAAGUUAUGAGCAAUGAUAGUGUUUCACUCUCUAUACGUAUGGCGAUUCCGUGGAUCUUGUGGGGAAUCUGGAAGCACCGCAAUGAAGUUUUAUAUGCUGGGAAACAAGGUGAUUUGAAUGCAUUGGUAGUUCAUGCAAUAGAAGAAGCGGAACUGUGGAAUAAGUUAAAGGAGACACAACCGCAGCCUCCUCUUGGUACUGGUUUGAAUGCUCGCCGUGAGACCAGAUGGGUUAAACCUCCCAUUAACUUUCUUAAGUGUAAUCUUCAUGUCUCUUGGUUAAAUGAGUCUCAUAUGUGUGGUGGAGCUUGGAUGGUAAGGAAUCACCAAGGAGAUGCAGUUUUCCAUGCGCGAGAAAUGUUUCUACCCGCUUCAAAUCGUAUCGCUGCGGAAUUAAGAGGGAUCCUUUGGGUUCUACAUAGUCUUUCUGACUUGCAUUUGGAUAACAUUGAAAUAUGGUCUGAUUGUCAUGCUGCAAUUGACGCCAUUAUUGACCUAUCAAAUUGGCCAAGGUAUCACUCCUUCCUUGACAAGAUACAUCGGCUAAUAUCAAGCUUUGGUAAAAUUGUGUUUAAGGUGUCUUCUACAAAAGCUAAUGCGAUCGCAAGAGCUAUUGCUGCGAGUGUCACAAGUGAUGGACGGGGCCAAUCUUAUUUAGCUAGUGGCGGUCCGGCUUGGCUAUUUUCACGUAUUGAAGAGGAGAAAAGGAGAUGACAUAGUCUGGAAGUCUUUUAUAAUCAUUUAUACUCUGUUUUGUGGAGUUCUGUUUCUUAUGUUGGCAUGUUCUGUUUUUUACUUUGAAUACGUUUCUUAU